UAGAACAGGUUGGCAGCUCCAUACACUUUACAUUUUUUGUUUUGCUUGUAAACAAACAAGCGAAUAUUAAUAAUUUGCAUAAUCUAAUGGGAGGAAAGAGUUAUUAUUGUGACUAUUGCUGUUGUUUUAUGAAGAAUGAUCUCAAUGUGCGAAAAUUACACAACGCGGGCAUCUCACACACCACCGCAAAAGCAACUUACAUGCGUCGCUUUGAAGAUCCGCGCAAGAUGUUGGCUGCGGAGCGCAUGAAAAGGCCGUGUAAACGUUAUUUUGCUGGCUUUUGUAAAUUUCAGCUACUCUGCAAUUUCGGACACUACAGUGAAAAACAGCUAAAGCAGCUGGAAAAAAUUGUGAGUCGAUUAAAAAAUAAACGAUCCAAAAGGAAAAAGAGCUCACACAAAAGAAAAAGUAAUCUGCCGCCGUCCCUUCAAUCCAUGAAUUUGUCCAAACUGAAGAAAACCAAUUAGCAGUUGGACUGGGGCUAAAUUUAAUUAAUAUUAAAUAAUUUUCUAGUUAAAUGAAAUAGCUGAACAAUUGUACAAUUAAA